CACUAGACUCGCACAUAUUUUGCAUAAUUCGCACACGAUUCAACACACGCUCUAUUACACACGAAAUAAGAAUGAUUACUAAUAAACUUAAACUAAGUAGUAAACCAAACCAAAGAAUAUUAAACACAGUUAUAAAAUUAUUUUCUAUUACGGACCACAAUUUUACCUGAAUUUAAAUUCCGAAACUUUAGGUAAUAAUCUUGUUUUUCCAUUUUUUAGACGCCUUCAAAUUUACUUCACGGCGUUUCGCAACGCCUCGUAUAAAAAUUUAAAUUGUAAAUUUUCACCGGGGAAAGUUUUUCCUUUUAACGCGUUGCGUUACAUCUUCCAGGAAAAAAAAAACGCGCUUAUUAAGCGAACAACAUCUGGGUUGUCGAUUGUUCUCGUUAUAUUUUUAUAGUAGGCUGAGUUUUAGCCGGAAACGAUGCCCCGCUUCCGCCAGCACCGGUUGCGGAAGACGUUCCGACGCCGCUUCGAGCGCAUUCGGCCCAUUGUCGGCGACGACUCGUUUGUUUUUAAGAGCGCGCGCGUCUACGAGAUCGACGAGGAUAACGCGCUGAAAGUUCCGUGUUUACCGGAAGAUUAUUAUUCAAGCGUCGAUUCGACGCGCUAAAAUUCGGAAAAAUUACUAAUUUAUUUAAUAACUGAUUCACUCAAGUAGUUAACGCGCGUCGGCGAGGGUUAACCUUAUAUUAAUUGAAAAAUUGCCGUAAUAAUUGGGCUUAAAUCGCGUGAAAUGGGCGUCAGUACACAAGUGCCUCGCGAGCCUAACGGGAACUGUGAAACGAGGACGAUGAUGGUCCCCGAAAUGGCCGACUACAUCGAAUACGAGUGGAGGACGAACAUCAUCAGCGAGGACUUGAAGAAAUCGUUCAAAAAUUUCAACGCGAAGGACCGCGAGGUGGCGGUAAAAGCGCUUCGCGAAACGAUCCAAAAGUGUGACGAUUUCGAAUUUAAGAACAACAUGAGCCAGGACGACAAAACCCUGCAGAAGUUCCUCUUCGCGAGAAAGUUUCGGCUUCGGGAGAGUUUCGAUCUAAUCAAAAACUACUACUGGUACCGGAAACGGAACCCGGACGUCUUUGGGGAACUCGACUUGGCCGCCGGCGACGUCAGACGCGCAUUGGAAAACGGGCUGCCGGGCGUACUGAAAGACAAAGACAGGAAGGGUAGAUGUGUGUUGCUUCUUACCGGCAACAACUGGGACUGCAGUUACAGCUUGUUGGCCAUCUACAGGGCGAUGUUGCUCAGCCUCGACCACCUAACCAACGACAUCCAUAACCAGGCGAACGGUUUUGUGGUUAUAGUGGACUGGACUGAAUUUAGUUAUAGACAGACCUCACAUCUCAAACCAUCGGUCUUGAGGUUGAUGAUCGAGGGGUUGCAGGACUGCUACCCCGCGAGGUUCAAGGGGAUACAUUUUAUAGGACAACCGUGGUACGUGGACGCCGCGAUGGCCGUAAUUAAACCGUUCCUGAAGGAGGAGAUCAAGGAACGGAUUUUUAGUCACGGGAACAACCUCAGCACUUUGCAUGAACUAGUUCACAGAGACGUGCUUCCAGCGGAACUAGGCGGAGAGAAGCCUAGUUACAAUCCGCGCUCUUUCUUGGACAGUCUGGACGACAAAACCAAAGUUAUAAAAUGAUAAGUUUUAGAUUUUAGGAACUUUAUAUAAGCAUGACAUUUUUUAAGGAUUAUUUAUUCAUUUCACUGUGGCUGCUUCCGCCGAACACUCAUAUCUAGGUACUGUUUUUUUAAAUAUAUAAACGACUGUUAUUUGUUAAAACAAAGUUGAGGGAACAAAAAGAAAAAGAUAAAAGCAAUAAAACUGUUAGUAAUAUGUAUUACAUAAGGCUAAAAUCUGCAAUUCAUCUGUGAUUUCGUUUUGUAAUGUAAUUAACGUUGAAAUAAUUUAUAGGUACGUGGCAUAGCUAUAAUUUUUGUCUUGAAUUUAAUAAAUAAAAGUAUAAUAACA